AUGGAAGACAUCGACAGGGAACUAGGGGAAGCAGAUGAAAGUGAAAAGGAUAAGUCCAGCCCUGAGAGUGUCUUGCUGAGGGACAUGCAGCGCAUCCCUGGAGAGGUUGCAAGAAAAGAGGAACAGAUGGAACGUUUUCCUAUUUCCACUGCAGCCAGUGACAAUCAGAGCCAGGACUUAUUAGUCUCACAGUCCCAGGCUGCGAUGACCGUAUAUGGCACCACACUGGCAGAAGGGAGGGGGGGUGGUGAUUUUCUAUGUGUGCUGGGCAGGGACGGUUCAACCAGUCUCAGAUGGCCUGUCAGUUUGCUUAAGUUCACCAAGUCUCAACCACACAUCUCCUACAGCUGCAACCCGCUCCGCACCAAUCUUCAGACUGCGGAUAAACUCAAUGAAGAUCUGCAGGAGUCGCAGCAAAAUCUGCUGCGUGCUCUUUCAGGUGAAUUUAAUCCGUUUGUGCCAUCUGCUCAUACAGCAGAUGUUCAUUCCUGUUUGCAAGGACGAGAAAGACAUGAGAUGAAAACACACAGACAGGGAAAAGAUGAGCAACAUAUCAACGUGGAGACAGAAGCACAUCUGUUCCUUGAAAACAAAAACCCUCCAUCACUAGGAACAGGAUCAGACAAAGGAAGGUGCAUGAUAAGUGAGGAAAAUUGCAAAGGGGCAGCCCCCCAUCCAUUUGACCCCACUCAGAGUGACAGCUCUGACACAAACUCACAGAAUCCUCCGGGAGGCAGAUUAGAGGGUACAAGAGGGAUCAGGAAGAGAGCCAUCACAGCCCUGAGCUGUAAAUUAGAGUCUGUCACCCAGCCUGGCACACAGGGGAUGUGCAUCAGCCCGUCCAGGUGUGAAUGUGGGAGUGAGACAAUGCACAAGUGUGCCAGAACUCCAGAGCCACACGUGGGUGUCCCAAAAGUGUCACCCAGAAAGAGGAAGACCAACACAAAGAAACACAAGCUGGCAAAGAAAAAGAAGGACAAGAAGGAACGAGCCUCAAACAACCGGCGAUUAGCAAAGUGCAAAGUAAGGAGUGUUGUCUCCGCAGUCUGCAGAGCAGUAGAUGCUAAAAAGAGAUCGGCGAAGAAAAGGAGGCAAAGAAAGGACAGGGCGAGGGGGGUGGCUGGCGCAGACGGCGACUGUCUCCUGGGGAGAUGUGUGGCUGAGCCAGUAUCAGUCUCUGUCAGAAAGAGGAGGCCUCAGAGGAGCCGCCGUGGUGAAUUCAAGUCAGAGCCGGGCAGUGAGCAGGCAGGACCGUACAGCGUCUGCACCGGACUCAGAGACACAGCAGAGGAGAGAGGGCGAGAAGGAGUUGCAGCUGCUUUUCCCUGGCGGUCCCACUUCUUUCGUUCCUCCUCGCCGGGAUGCAACUCAACGUCGUUUUGGGAAAGGGGUCACCAUGGCAACCCCAGGAGUUUCAUUGACUUCUGUUACCCUGACAACAGCUGUGGUAGCGGCCCGACGAAAAAAAGAAAACUCCUCCACAGGGACAGAGAGUUCAUUCAUGGUGAGAGGAGGAAAUCAGGGGGACGCGCAAGCUGCAGAGACAGAGGCCUGGCUUCAGACCCCCAGCAGUGGGAGUGGACGAGAGGUGGCUCUGCUGGAGGCAGUCAGGAGGGCAGGUUGAGAACUGGAUGGAGCCCGAAAAAUAAAACAGCCGAGUGGGAUCAUGUGGGAAGGUUUAACCCGAGUCCUACUUGCUGGAGCAGAAGACAAGAGAAGACAGAAGACGUAGACUGGGACAGGAGCAGUAUCGACAGGUGGACUUUUGGCAGCAGUGAUAGCUGGGACGACAGGGAAACAAAAAGGUCCACUUCAUGCACCAAGAUAAUUUGUGACAGCAGAGACAGCCCAGGCAGUACAUGGAGGUGUGCAGGCACAGGGCGGUCAAGUUCAAGGCACCUCUCAAGCCCUGAGUGGUGGACAAGCCGACAGCCAUCCAGCUGCCAGAGUGGAAUGGGUGCACAGGGCAGCAGAUGCGAUAGCCCACGCUCCUGCAGCCCCUGUAGCAGCACUAGCUUGUCCGAGCUUAGCUGUGAGUGGAGCAAAAGCAGCACCUGCUCAGGGGUAAUUGUAGAUAGGUUGAAUCCUGGCUCCUGCAGAGCAUCCUCAACAUUUGCAGAGACCCCUCUGGAGACAAGAAAGCACGGCAGCCCCACAUUACCUCCAUCUACGCUUCCUAUUUCUCAGCUGUUCCCCCAGAUUUCCCACCUGAAAGGGCCAAACCUCCCUUGUGACAGAAAUCCCACACCGCUAAAGGAGACCGGCUCACAGUUAGACCAUGGACCCUCUGCUUCUGAUGCCACACGCAUCCCAAACGCAGCUUCCCCAGAGUUGCUCUCUAGUAAGACUCUGCCACAGACAGCAUCCAGGACAUUGAUUUUACCUCUCAUUGGAAAACUUCCUGCUAUCCAGAGAAAGGCAAGGGAAAAAAAGGGACUGCUGGGAAAAAAGUGUGGAAAAGAAGGGAGAGGAGGAAGCUAAGAUCCAUGGGGCCCUUGGCACAAGGAGUGGCAGUCCAAAUUGUCCUCUGAACACUGCUGAGUCAAAUCCCAGCAUGAUCCCAAAUCUUUGUCAGCCGC